GAGUACGGUAGCUUCACAUUUCCUUGCACCUUUUGAUGCCACAUAAGGUUUCCAAUAUUUUUUCUGAUAUAUUUUAAGGAGCUGGCUGGUGGUCAUCUCAAGAGAGAAGAGAUCCUUGAACUGAAGCUGUACUUUGCUUUACAUGAAUGGGCCUCCACCCUUCAUUUGCUCCUAGGACAGGGGAGGGUCACAGUCGCCCGCAGGAGGAUAGUUAUACCCAUCCCAUUCAAUGGCUUGAGUGGGAAAGGCAGCGUGCCCGUUUUUAAAUCCAAAUCCAGCUCCAGGCUCUUCAUGCCAUCUCUGUUCUUGAAGCAUCAGGGAAAGCACCACCGGCUCUGAUGUGGAGGGAUUGGAUUCUUGAAGGCUGCAUUUGUCUCGGGAAAUGAGGUGCGCCAGAUUGUGCGGCUCUUUCCAGCAAGCUUCCGUAACUUUGUGAUUUGGUAGCCAUGGAGGACGAGCAAAAAGCUGCGAGCUUCCUUGAUGUGCCCAAGGAUAUUCCCAUUGCCACCAAGUCCCUCACCAUCCGGACCAGCGCCGCCGGAUGCGGCAGCGGCUCCGACCGGUCCUGCCCCAUCUCGCCGGCCAUCUCCAUCACGCCGCACCUCUACUCGCCGUCGCCGCCGUCGUCCGCGUUCGUGUCCGCGCUGCAGUCCCCGUACAUCUCGCCUCGAGUUCUCGAGCCGCCGCCGCCGCCGGAGCCCCAGCCGCGCCCAGAAGCCAAGGCCGCCGGCGCAAGUGUCGCCACCACCGCGGCGCCGUCACCGGCGUCAUGCUCCAACGGGUCCCACUCGGAGGAUAUCGACGCGCCCAGCGGGCCCAGCGCGCCCCACACGCCGCCGUCGGAGCGCUACGACUCCAGCGGCAUCGACGCGGCCAAGAUUAACGACGGCGGCGGCGGGCCCCUUCCGCCGCGCGUGUCGUUCUCCUUCCCCGUGCCGCGGGUGUCCUUCACCAGGGGCUCCGUGGCAUCGCCGUCCUCCAACGCCAAGCUCCGGAGCUGCGACGUGUACAUUGGCUACCACGGCAACGGCGGCCUCGGCAGGUUCUGCAAGUGGCUCAAGUCAGAGCUUGAGCUGCAGGGCAUUGCCUCUUUCGUUGCUGACCGCGCAAAGUAUUCGGACUCGCAGAGCCAUGAGAUUGCUGACCGGAUUAUUUGCUCGGUCGCAUUCGGUAUUGUGGUGGUCACCAUGUCAAGUUUCCUCAAUCCAUUUAGCCUCGAGGAGAUCAGAUUUUUUGCUCAGAAGAAGAACCUGGUGCCCAUAUUGUUUGACACUGAGCCAACAGAGAUUGCUGGACUUUUUGAUGGUAAAUUGGAGGAUAAGGAGGGGAAAGAAGCAUUUGAAGGACUGAUGCGGUGCCAUGAAUUCAAACUUGAGGCGAAUGAGAGCAAUUCAAGAAGCUGUGUGUCAAGGACAGUUACUUUGCUACGAUCCAAGCUUGGCCGGAAGAAUAUAGCUGAGAAGGAGAAUGAAGCAUCUGAAGGCCUGCCUUUUCCACGCAACCGGCAUUUUGUGGGGAGGGAGAAGGAGCUGAGCGAAAUCGAAGGCAUGCUCUUUGGGUCGACUGUGGAUAUCCAAGAGGUGGAUUGCCCAAGGGCUUCCAGUACAAAUGAGAGAUCAAGUGGUGUAUCUGAUGGAUUUGCUGAUGAGGAUAGUGAUACUGCGAGGAAAUCUAAUGCCAGGUUCAUCAGUUUGGAGAUGCGCAAGUGCAAGGAACCAACAUUGGAGGCUUGGAUUGACCCAGUGAUUGAGUUGUCAUCAGGUAAAAGCAGAAGCCUCCAGAAGCAAAGAUCAAAGCACAGGAGGUCAAGGUUUCGGUGCAACAGCAAGGGCUACAACAGUGCUAAUGUAAUCUGCAUCAAUGGUUCUUCAGGCAUCGGCAAGACUGAACUGGCAUUGGAGUUUGCUUACAGGUACUCACAGCGGUACAAGAUGGUACUGUGGAUUGGAGGUGAAGCUCGGUAUUUGAGGCAGAACAUUCUCAAUUUAUCCAUGAAUUUGGGAUUGGAUAUCAGUGCUGAGGCUGAGAAGGAUAGGGGUAGGAUUAGGAGCUUUGAGGAGCAAGAAUUUGAUGCGUUCCAGCGAGUGAAGCGGGAGCUUUUCCGUGAUGUGCCCUAUUUGCUUGUAAUCGACAACCUUGAGAGUGAGAGGGAUUGGUGGGAAGGCAAGGAUCUCCAUGACUUCAUCCCAAGGAACACUGGAGCAACGCAUGUGAUUGUGACCACACGUUUGCCACGCGUGAUGAACCUUGAGCCAAUGCAGCUACCACAACUCUCGUACAUCGACGCAAUGGCCUUGAUACAGGGGAAGAGGAAGAAAGACUACCCGCCUGAGGAAACAGAAGUUCUUAGGAAGUUUGAUGAACGUUUAGGAAGGCUGAGCUUUGGUCUGUGGGUUGUGGGUUCACUUCUCUCUGAGCUUAUGAUUGCUCCCUCCACUCUAUUUGAGGCUGUUGAGAGAAUAUCGCUGAGCGAGAACUUGUUUCCCAUUGGUGCCAAUGAUGAUGGUUUCUGCCGUAAUAAUUCUUUCUUGAUAAAGGUCUUGGUCUUCUGUUUUGCAUUGAUGGACCGAGCGAAAGGAGGAAGCCUUACCUCAAGGAUGGUCAUUGCCGGUUCUUGGUUAGCUCCUGCUCCUGUAUCAUCCACACUAUUAGCUGCAACAGCGAGCAAGCUACCAAUGAAAGGCAGUGGUAUGCACCUGUUUGGUGAAUCCCUCAAGACUGCAUUUCUAUGUGGCACACAUUGCUUCCUAGCUCCAAAUGGGCGGAAGGCUGAGGUGGAGUCGGCGCUCUUACUUGUUAAUCUUGGGUUGGCAAGAAAGGCAAAUCGACAUCCUGGUUGCUGGAUCCAAUUCCAUCCGAUCACACAGCUCUUUGGCAAGAUCAGGGGAGGUUUGGUGCCUACAACUGCAGCAGUGAAUGGAGUGAUGAGAGCUGGAAAUCCCUCAGUAUACUCUGACCACCUUUGGGCUAGUGCGUUCCUUGUGUUUGGUUUCAAGUCCGAGCCACCUGCUGUUCAGCUCAAAGCAGUUGACAUGGUCCUCUUCAUAAAGAAGACAGCGCUGCCCCUGGCGAUAGACUCCUUCAUGUCUUUCUCGCGGUGCGGCUCAGCUCUAGAGCUGCUCAAGGUGUGCACCAAUGUCCUCGAGGAGGUGGAGAAGUCCUACGCAUCGCGGAUGCAGGACUGGAACCGUGGAUCGCUGUGCUGGAGGAAGAAGCUGCAGCCAAACCAUCGAGUUGACGAGUUUGUCUGGCAGGAGGUGACGCUGCUCAAGGCGACACUGCUGGAGACGAGGGCAAAGCUGCUGCUCCGCGGGGGGCUGUUCGACACUGGUGAGGAGCUGUGCAGGACCUGCAUCAGCAUCCGGACCGUCAUGCUCGGCCAUGGCCAUGCCCAGACGCUAGCUGCCCAGGAGACGCUGGCGAAGCUGGUCAGAUACAGGAGUAAGAUAUGAGUGAUGUCCAAGACCCUUGUAAUCUCGUUUCGAUGUGACAUUCCUCUGCUGUAUUAUAAAGGGUUCAGAAGUUUUCACGCCCCAGUAUUUCUGAAUCUGUACACCAGCUACAGUUUUGUUAGCGAUCAUCAGUAUAAUAGCCAAGUUCCAUGAUGCGAUGUGUAACUUAUUUUAGCUCAGGUGCCAUAUGGAAGUGGAGGUGUUAUGUACAGUACAGUCCAUUUGCUAUUUGGUAGAACUUAUUUUUCAUCUUACCAUUGAGCUCCCCAGAUGAAACUUUCAGAAAUGAA